AUGCUUCAACAACAAUUGGUUACUUCAUCAUCGUAUCAUUCCAUUCAACAAUUAAAUCAUCAAGCUCUUUUGAAUAUUUGCCAAUAUUUUGUCGAUUUAUCAUCUUUAUAUUCCUUCCGAUUGUCAUGUAAAUAUAUUCAUGAGGAAAUUUCCAAUAACAUUGAAGAGGAAUUUUACAAGUUUUAUAUUCAACACACCCUUUCAAAAUUCCACUUUUCCAAAAUUACUUCUCUAUUCGAUGAGGAAGAAGAUAGGACGUUCGGAAUCGAGUUGAAAAAUUGUAGGAAAUUACUGCAGGAUUUUCUGAGAGAACCAUUCAUUAAUGUUCAAUAUGAUGAAAAUGAUUCUGAUUUUAAAAGAUAUUUGGGAUUGGGAGGUGUUGUUAGAGUGAGCAUGUUUAAACCAUGUGAAUUGUUACAGAUAUUGAUGAGAAAUUUACACAUCAAGGAGUGUGAGAAAAUUCACAAAGUGCCAUUCCACAAUGAAAUUGAAAAUGAAAUUGCAGAGCUAAAAGUUUCACCUGGAAAAUUACUCCUCUGGAUGUGUAAUCGUCCAGUGCAUCCAAAUGAUGAAUUGGAGGGAUCUAGCGAUGAGGAGGAAAUUUACAUAGAUGGAGAGUAUGAGAGUAGUAGCAGUGAUGAUGAGGAAUAUGCCUAUGUGGAGACUAUCGAGAAUAUCAAAUAUAAUCCUCCAUGUGAAAUAUCUUUCAAACUAAAAGAUGCUAAAUGGAAUCCAUAUGGAGAGAAAUCAUUGAAAUACCACUUGAUUUCCAAUAAGCCACAUGAGGAAAGAGUGGAAGAUUACAAAAUGUGUGACAUUUUUACAUUUUGCUCAAGACCUCCAAGUAGUAACUAUGUUAGGAAGGGUCAUGAAAAGAAUUUUGAAUUGGCUGUCAAGAAAUUGAGAAGUAACUUGUUCAAUAACUUUGAGAAUAUCUAUACUCUCGAUUGGUCUGGUACUAUUUCAAGAAAUAGAUGCUGGAGUAUCUUUUGGCAAAAAGGAUUGGAAUGGUGGGGUUGUUUUGCCUUUACCUUAUACAAUAUUGAAAAGGGUGUAUUCAUUGUUACUCUUGCAUCAGAAUCUGACUAA